AUGGUGUCGCAAACCAACUUGGCCAUCAUGGAACAGCAGAACCCCCAAGAGUUCAUUCUCGACGUCUUCACCGACCCGGCCUCCGUUCGCGAUGUCGUCAGAGCCAUCCUCCAUACCAUCUUCUUCCAUCGCUUCUUCCCCUCCAUCACCCCGCAGUCGCGCGAGGUCCUCGACAUCACCCUACCCUAUGUCUCCAACCAGGAGCUCGACACCAUGAUCGAGAACCGCACCGCCGAGCUGGACCGUGAGCUGAGCGCCGAGCGGACACACGCCCCCAACCCUGCCGGCGGCGUGGGUGCUGGCGGAGGGCCAGGAGGCGGCGGAGGGGGAGGUGGCGGCGGCGGGAGGGGAAACAUCUCGGUGCAGUUUUUCGAGAAGAAGCGCAGGAAGACGUGGUACAUGCGCGCUGCAUACGGAGGCGGCGACGAGGAGAUCUGUUGGGAGAGCUGGACCGUCAAGGUCACCGUCGCCGAGCCGAGGACCGAGAGUGAGAGGGCCAAGGUGCGGAAAGCCAUGGAGCAGACCCUGCUCACGACCGUCAUGAAGAUCAUCACCUGCGUCAACCAGAACAAGGACCAUAUUCUGCCCAUCACCACGAGCGAGACAAACCCUUUCCCGUACCAGAUCCACGUCAACCAGAAGGACGACGGCUGGGCCAAGCGGAUCGGCAUCUACUGA